AUGGAUCCUUAUCAGAAUCUUAAUCCCAAAGGCUACCAGAGACAAAGACCGUUUAGCUCAGCCGGUGAAGGCGGCAGCAGCGGCGGCUCAGGUUUGCCUCAUGAUACAGAUGACAAUAAGAAGAAGAAGAAGCUUCUCCACCGCGACAUCGAACGCCAAAGAAGACAAGAAAUGGCUACGCUCUUCGCUGCUCUUCGUACUCACCUACCUCUCCAAUACAUCAAGGGGAAAAGAGCUGUUUCGGAUCAUGUAAACGGAGCGGUGAAUUUCAUCAAGGACACGGAGACAAGGAUUAAAGAACUCACUGCAAGAAGAGACGAGCUAAGUAGAGGAACGGGUCAGAGAUAUCUGUCGAAUUCGGAUCCAGCAAAAACUGGAUCCGAUUUGCCUAAACCGGAUCCGGCGACUGUGAUGGUGCAACCACACGUGAGCGGCUUAGAAGUGGUGGUGAGCAGCAGCUCCUCAGGUCCCGAUGCUUUGAAACUCUCAAGAGUGCUUGAGACACUUCAAGAGAAAGGGCUUGAAGUCAUCAGCUCACUCACGACAAGAGUCAAUGAGAGGCUCAUGCACACUAUUCAAGUUGAGGUUAAUAGUUUCGGAUGCAUCGACUUAGCUUGGUUGCAGGAGAAGCUUGUUGAGGAUUUGAUACUUUCAACAGGGUAGUGAUCAGAGACACUACAUUCAUAGUCGUAAUUAAGACCCUUCAUCGAAAUAUCUAAAGUCUUCUUGAAGUUUCAUCUUGAGAGCAAGGAAGGUGCAUAGGUUUUAAAGUUCAUUCGUGGAUUGAGGCGUACGUAGCUUUGGUUUAAACUAGUUCAAGUUCGUACGAUGCUGUUAUAUUUCAAGCGGAUUUUAUGGGUGGGUAUAUAACUUCACCAUCAUUCACCGCCACGCACGCCGUUAAGACCAAGGGGUGUGAUGUUUUCAGUAGACCAUUUGUUUCUCACAAACAAGUUUUUUCCUUCUUCUUAUAACAUUUUUUGUUUUUUUCGUUGUUAUGUCUUCCUGUAUUAUUUUAGUAUGGAAA